UUGUGCCCGCGUGCAAACAGCUCUUCUCGCGAGAUUUCUCGAUAGCUGACCUUUUCACGUUAGCUGCCAUAAUGGGUAUUUCCCGAGACAAAUGGCAUAAGAGGAGGUCCACGGGUGGGCGUAUGAUCCCACUCCGUAAGAAGAGGAAGUUUGAGUUGGGAAGACCCCCUGCACACACCAAGCUCGGAGGCAAGCGUAUCCACACUGUGCGAACACGUGGUGGUAACAAAAAGUUCAGAGCUCUAAGGCUGGACACUGGCAACUUCUCCUGGGGCUCUGAAGCCAUCACAAGGAAAACUAGGAUAAUUGACGUGCUCUACAAUGCCUCUAACAAUGAGUUGGUCCGUACCAAGACCCUCGUCAAGAGCGCCAUCGUCCAGAUCGAUGCCACGCCCCUAAGACAGUGGUACGAGGCACAUUACUGUGCCCCUCUUGGUCGCAAGAAGGGAGUGAAACUGUCAGAGCAAGAAGAGGCAGCUUUGAACAAGAAACGCUCCAAGAAGACCCAGAAGAAGUACGAUGAGAGGAAGAAAGUGGCCAAAGUAGAGCAGGCCUUGGAAGAACAGUUUAUGACUGGGAGAGUCAUGGCUGCGAUCUCUUCACGUCCUGGCCAGUGUGGCAGAUGUGAUGGCUACGUUCUGGAAGGAAAAGAACUGGAAUUCUAUUUGAGAAAGAUCAAGCAGAAGAAGGGCAAAUAGACUGAAAAAUAAUGACCAACCAAUUUCAUUCUGUAAAAACUUGAGAGAAAAGGAAGAAUAUGUAUUAUGAAUAAAAAAUGUGAACUGAG